AUGCCACAGACAGAUUCUGCCAGGAUACCAUCCUACUUCUGCCAGAUGUCUAUACCAGACUGGGUAUCAGUUAGUAAAGUUCUUUCAGAGACACCUUUGAUCCAUCAAGUCAUCACCAGAGUUAGCCAAGUUCUUUCAGAGACACCUUUGAUCCAUCAAGUCAUCACCAGAGUUAGCCAAGUUCUUUCAGAGACACCUUUGAUCCAUCAAGUCAUCACCAGAUCAUCACCAGUUAGCAAAGUUCUUUCAGAGACACCUUUGAUCCAUCAAGUCAUCACCAGAGUUAGCCAAGUUCUUUCAGAGACACCUUUGAUCCAUCAAGUCAUCACCAGAGUUAGCCAAGUUCUUUCAGAGACACCUUUGAUUCAUCAAGUCAUCACCAGAGUUAGCCAAGUUCUUUCAGAGACACCUUUGAUCCAUCAAGUCAUCACCAGAGUUAGCCAAGUUCUUUCAGAGACACCUUUGAUCCAUCAAGUCAUCACCAGAGUUAGCAAAGUUCUUUCAGAGACACCUUUGAUCUAUCAAGUCAUCACCAGAGUUAGCCAAGUUCUUUCAGAGACACCUUUGAUCCAUCAAGUCAUCACCAGAGUUAGCAAAGUUCUUUCAGAGACACCUUUGAUCCAUCAAGUCAUCACCAGAGUUAGCAAAGUUCUUUCAGAGACACCUUUGAUCCAUCAAGUCAUCACCAGAGUUAGCAAAGUUCUUUCAGAGACACCUUUGAUCCAUCAAGUCAUCACCAGAGUUAGCAAAGUUCUUUCAGAGACACCUUUGAUCCAUCAAGUCAUCACCAGAGUUAGCAAAGUUCUUUCAGAGACACCUUUGAUCCAUCAAGUCAUCACCAGAGUUAGCAAAGUUCUUUCGGAGACACCUUUGAUCCAUCAAGUCAUCACCAGAGUUAGCAAAGUUCUUUCAGAGACACCUUUGAUCCAUCAAGUCAUCACCAGAGUUAGCAAAGUUCUUUCAGAGACACCUUUGAUCCAUCAAGUCAUCACCAACCUUUCCCCAUGGACUAUUUCUUUCAUUUUGCUGUUUAAAUGUUCUUCUCGUGAUCUUUAUUUUUUUCUUGACCAGCUGUGCAUGUCUCUACCAUUUUAUAGUGUAGAUUUAUAA